GUACUGUACAUCCAGCACUUGGCCAGGACGCGUAAUUGCGAGCGUGGCUUCCAACAUUAACGGGCUUGUCAUGAAAAUGCCUCGUCUUGCAAGUGUCUCGCGAGUCGCGACGCGUUCUCCACAUCACGGAUCCAGUCUCGUAUGUUCUAAUGUCGCGAACAUGUCAAUUGAAGUGAACAUACCGUGAGGCGCGGCAUCACUUCGUCAGCCUCCGUAGUAACUCUUAGGAGCCAUCCCCUGGUCUCCCUGGUCUCCCAGGUACCAUCUCACAUCAAGAGAGCAGUAUUCAUCAUCACAGCCAUCGACAGUACAGGAGGUACAGUAUAAAACCUCCUAUGUUCGUCGACAAAGAGCAGUCUAAACCAACAAACCCUCUUACAAGAACAACAUGUCUGAACAACUCUUCAAGUCUUUUGCUAUCAUCGGCGCGGGCCCCAACACCGGCAUCCAUAUCGUCAAGGCCUUCCUCGCCAUCGGCAAACCACUCCUCGUCAUCGCUCGCCCAACAUCCACGAACAUCGCUGCCCUCCCCACCGACGACCCCAACCUAAAACUCGUACGCGCAGACUACACAUCCAUAUCCGAGAUCUCCACAGUCCUCCGCGAGCACAAUGUAGACGUCCUCAUCUCAACCGUCACACUCGUUUUCGGAGGUGUGGUCGGCCAGAACAUUCUCGCAGACGCUGCAAAGGAAGCAGGCGUGAAGCUCUUUGUCCCCAGCGAGUUCGGUAUUAAACCCCAAUUGGCCAAAGGCGGUUUGGCUUUCCAAAAGACUGACUUUGCAGCUUAUGCAAAAUCAAUCGGACUCCCAACUCUCCGCGUCUUCAAUGGAUUAUUCUACGAAUUCGUACCCUGGCCCACAGCGCUCGCCGACACAGGCAAGUUCCACAUCGUAAACAAGGGAGAAACAAAAGGGUCCUUCACAGCAGUAUCAGACGUCGCAGGCUACGUAGCUCACAUCCUCACCACUCAACCUCCCUCCCGUCUACUUGACGCCGAAAUACAAAUAGAGGGACAACGCGCAACGCUCUCGGAGAUCGGCGCAUUGUAUGGAGCUACUGCACCUGUUGUGUAUUGCGAUGCUCUUCCUACCGAAGGUGUCGUCAACGCGCAUUUCAGGACGUUCUUCCAGAAGCAUAUUGGGGUUGGGGGAGGAAGUUGUGGGUGGAACCCUGUGACGGAGUCGGACGACCCGGAAUCGGCUAGUAGGGAUAACUCCUUAUGGGAGGGGCACCACUGGUUGACUGUCGGGGAGGCUCUUGGACUGUGAUUGGAACUAAGUAGAAAUUCAGGACUCUUACCAUGGGACUCCGUAGCUUACUCACAGCAUUUAUGUUUUCCUACCAGCAGUUAAUCUAUCACUAGAUCAUGCACGAAUGAAGACAGUACU